CGAAACUUCGAAACCCUAAACCCGCCCUUUAACCCUGCCAUUGACAGGAGAGGCUAUUCACGCGCUCAAAUCUGUAGGUUUCAAAAUCUUCAGUGUUUCAUUGGGAGGGAAACACUCCGAAGCUCGCAGCCAUGGCGACCACCAGAGUUCAGAGGAUCAUGACCCAGCCCAUCAAUCUCAUCUUCAGAUUUCUCCAGAGCAAAGCUCGCAUUCAAAUUUGGCUUUUUGAGCAGAAGGAUUUGAGGAUUGAAGGGCGUAUCAUUGGGUUUGAUGAGUAUAUGAAUUUGGUUUUAGAUGAUGCUGAAGAGGUCCACAUCAAGAAAAACAUCAAAAAGCCAUUGGGAAGGAUUCUUCUUAAAGGAGACAAUAUCACUCUGAUGAUGAACACGGGAAAAUGAUGUUCUGGAGAAAUUGCCUGAACAAUCUAUUGUUUCUGUGCACCUCAUCACUUACUGUUUCUGCUCAUUCUGUUGCUAUCUUCUCUUUCAACUUGAAUGAAUUUCUCAUGUAAUAUUGAAGACCUCUAGUGAAUUUUACAGAGCUCAUGUACCACCUGUUAUAAUCA